AUGACACUGACAGAACUAUCUGAAUUUAUGGGAAGAGGAACAAGCUAUCUUAUGAUGAUGCACAUUAAGGAUAAUGGUUUGAAGGAACUUAACUAUGCUAAUAGGACUAGAUACGAUAAUAAUGUGGUUUUAGAAUUAGACGUUUCAGGCAACAAAAUGAACAAUUUCUUUUCCAGUAUUGAAGCUCGAUUAGUGUCCUUGGAAAAAUUACUUUUGCAAGGCAAUAACUUGGCAUAUGUUAGCGGAAAAUCAUUCUAUGGUCCGCCUGAAAUGGUCACAGUAUUGACAAAGCGUGAUUAUCUUUGUUGUAUGGUUCCCGCAAAAAUUAAACUUUGUCAACCGAGUAUGGGUUCUGACGAUUUAUCAUCAUGUGAAAAUUUGUUGUCUCAUUUUUCACAAAAAUUAUUUAUUUGGAUUGUGGGUAUCUUAGCUGUUGUUGGUAACCUACUCGUGUUUAUUCAAAAUCAUUCCAUUCGCAAACAGAAAAAUAGCUUGGUUCCAAUUUUUCUUAUCAAUAGUCUAGCUCUAUCGGAUCUCCUAAUGGCGUUUUAUUUGAUAAUUAUUAUUGUAGCUGAUUUAGCUUUUAGCACUGGAGAGUAUGGUCUGAAUUCAGAAAUAUGGCUAUCCAGUCCGUUUUGUUUAAUAGCAUGCUUUCUAGUUAACGCGUCUAGUUUAACAACUGUACUUUUGAUGGUUACUAUUUGCUCAGAUCGCUAUAUUUGCUUGGUUUAUCCUUUAUCACCGAAAAGAAUGAGUAUUAAGACAGCACGCAUAGUUGUCGUGUUCGUAUGGAUCUUAUCGCUUUCAUUUGCAGCAGCUCCGGUAAUAUCAAGUGCUAACAUGCCAGGGUACCUUCGAUUGUAUACUUAUAACAGCAUGUGUAUGGCUAAUAAUUACCAGAUUGACUACUAUCGAGUUUGGAUGAUUUCUUAUUUGUCCAUAAUAUUUAUUGCAUGGGUAGCUAUGACAAUCUUAUAUAUGCGUUUAUUUAUGACUAUUCGUCGUAGCGGCAAGAAUUUAAGAAGAUCGACCGCAACUGACAAUACAGUUAUAGCGAUACGCCUAGCAUUAAUUUUAAUUUCUGAUUUAAUCAGUUGGGUUCCAUUCUACUAUGUUAAUUUGCAUGGGUUGUUAACUUCUGGGCGUGUAGACGUAAUAGCACUUCAAUUUGUUGGUAUAUUUUCUUUGCCCAUCAAUUCAGCUAUUAAUCCAUAUUUGUAUACAUUUACAAAUAUUGAUAUUAUUAAGAAGUUUUUAGUUCGCCAGAAAACAUUUAGCACUAAAUCUUGA